UCAGCGCAAUUCUUAUUUGAUUAAUUCAACGAUACACUGACUCUCUGAGGAAUCAAUUUUUUACUUUUAUGGUCAACCGAUUAGUUAAAUAAAUGCUUCGUAACUAGAAUAUAACAAUAAAAAUGGACAGGAAAAAGAAAAGAAGGAUAGAAUAUGAAAGGACUUUAUUUUUUCUAGCUGGAAUAUUUAUAGGAUUUUACAUACCCAGCUUUGUCAUUCACAAAGGAUUUUGUUAUGAGGAAGGUCAUUUAAUAGAAGAAGAAUCUCUUGGCGAGGAUCUACAACCGCGAAUUAAUUUAUAUGUUGGAGUAAUGACUUCCGAGAAAUAUAUUACUUCUAGAGCAGUCUUUGUGAAUAAUACUUGGGGAAAACCCUUAUAUAAUCAUCUUGACUUUUACACUUCAUCUGAAUUAGUUAAUGUGAAAAAAGUCAAAUUAGAAGGCGUCGAUGAUUCAGAAUAUCCACCUCAAAAAAAAUCUUUUAGGAUGUUAAAAUAUUGGUGUGAAAACUACUUAGACAAAUACGAUUGGUUUCUCCGAGCAGACGACGAUAGUUACAUCAAUAUGGAAAAACUUAAAUCAUGGUUAGUAACCAUUGAUAGUAGAAGAGCUUUCAUGAUCGGUCAUCCUGGUCAGGGCAAAGCGGAGAAGAAAGGUAAAAUAGGAAUAUCGUCAACUGAUUAUUACUGCAUGGGUGGUCCUGGUGUUUUAUUUAGUAGAGUGGCUUUAAAAAGAAUAUGUCCCUACAUAAAGACUUGUGAGAGGUCAGUUGUGAGUCGACACGAAGAUGUUGAAAUUGGAAGGUGCGUUUUAGCACAUGCAGGUAUUGGAUGCUCAAAAAGCUUUGAGCUUUCAACUCUCUUCUUUUCCAACUAUGCAAAUAAUAGUAACUAUUUUAAAGCCAAUCCUGAAGUUGGAAAUCUUAAAUCAACUUUAAAAGAUUCAUUAACAAUGCACGCUAUAAAAGAUGUAAGAUAUGCUUACAGAAUUGACUUUAUCAUCCUAAAGAAUAAGGUUGAAAAACUGAAAAAGAAAAUUUCGACAAUCUACUCAGCCUUAUCUGGAAAAGUUAAAGAACAUCAAUUUGAUAUCACUAAAAAUAACAGUUGGAAUACUAUCGCUAAUUUUAAGAAAUUUUAUCAAAAUUACAAAGAAAAACCAAUUGUUUAUAUGCAGACAACUGGAAAAAUUGAAAUUCUCUUCUUCUUCCAAGAAGUCUUGUAUUAUCUUCAUAAUUUAAUAAAAAGAUCGUACAUCAUUAAAAAUAUACCAACGGUAUAUCGGCAUUUUUCACCCAGUAAUGGUUUAACCUAUGCGACUGACAUUCGUUUAGAAGUUGACAAAAAGAAGAGUAUUCUUCAACUGAAAGGAACAAGAAAAUUCUCUUCAAUUCAAUCGAGAAUACUAGACGUCGACGAUAGUUCACCAAUUACAAUUGUCAUACCAUUAUUCAAUAAGAAAGAAGCAUUCGAUAGAUUUUUAAAAAUGUGGAUAUCACAAGCUAUGGAUAGAAACGUUCAUUUGCUAUUUACCAUUUCAAAGGCAGAUAAACAUCUAAAUAUAAUAACCAAUACUAUAAAUAGAUUCUCUGCAAGUUUACCAUACGGUAUGUCAAUUAGCUAUAUAGUUAAAGAUGGUGACUUUUCAAGAGGUCCAAUUUUAAAUUACGGAUCACAAGCUGUACCUGAUCAUCAUAUUAUGUGUUUUUUGGAUGUAGAUUUAAAAUUAACAAAAAGUACUCUUAGAAGAAUUAGAGCUUCGACAAUUAAAGGAAAACAAGUAUAUUUUCCGAUUAUGUUUUCACAAUUCGAUUCAGAUUUUAAUAAGAUUUACGACGGCCAUAAUAAGAAUAACGGUUAUUGGAGAGAGAGUAGUUUUGGUCAAGUGUGUUUGUAUAAAACAGAUUUUACAAAUUCUCUAAAAUUAACUGAAAGUAUAUACGAAUGGGGAAAGGAAGACUUAGAAUUUGCAGAGCAAAUAAUUAAAAAGAAAAUUUUAACUAUAUUUCGCAGUCCAGAUGUUGGAAUCACUCAUAUUUUUCACUCAAUACAUUGCGAUCGUAUUAUAAAUGAGGAACAGAAGAAAAUGUGCAUUGCUGUUAAAUAUAGAACGUAUGCUUCUCAGAACCAACUAGCUAACAAGUUUUACUCAUCGAUAAAUUUAUUAAAUAUAAAUAACGAUAACGAUCAAUAA